AUGUCGGCCAUCUUCGAUUCUUCUUCGCCCUAUGGCUACGGCCAAGCUUCUGGAUCCAAGACCUCUCAAACCACAUCACCAGGACACAUAGGCAAUCCACUCGACUUCUACAGCAACCCAACAUCGAACAAUCAGUUCUCCUCCUACUACUCAUCAGCUACCGGACACGAUGGCUAUGCUACAGGCAGCAACGCACGACCAUCUCUGGAAGGCAACAUGUCGUCGUCAGCAGGAUACGCUCCAGGAUCGGCAGCACACGCCAUGAUGAGUUCCCAGAUGGGCUUCUGGUCUGCUUUUGGAACAGGUGGCUUCCCAGAUGAACCUCCUCUCAUGGAAGAGCUCGGCAUCAAUAUCGGUCACAUCAUCGAUAAAACGUUGACCGUACUCAACCCUUUGCAUAGUUACUCGGCCUCGCAUGCUAAAGACGCACACAUGAUGGACGACGCCGACCUGGGAGGUCCUCUGCUCUUCUGUUUCAUCUUUGGCAUGACGCUUCUGUUGGCGGGAAAGAGUCAAUUCGGCUACGUUUACGGUGUUGCCCUUCUUGGCGCUGUCAGCAUCUACACUCUACUCAAUCUCAUGAGCGAAAGAGGCAUCGAUGCAUAUCGAGUUGCUUCCGUUCUCGGCUAUUGUCUGUUACCUCUUUGCAUCCUCAGCACUGCCAGCAUCGUUGUCCGUCUAGACUCAUUUUUCGGAUACAUCGUCUCGCCAUUGUUCAUUCUUUGGUGUUCAACGUCAGCGUCUGGCAUCUUUGUCUCGAUCCUCCGGCUUUCCGAACAGCGUCUCUUGGUGGCCUAUCCCGUUGGACUCUUUUAUGCCUGCUUCGCCCUUCUGAGCGUCUUCGACGUUGGUCAGUGA